UGCAGAUGUGAAGUCUUGUGCUUUAACUGACCAUAGAAAAAGAUGAUCUAUAUCAGUAUCUGGAAUGUAUCUCUGACUCAACUAUACUGCAGUAUGGGGAAAUUUAACCUUUACCCCCGUCUCAUGAUGAGAUGAGCUGGCACCGGAAGUAGGAAGUAACUAGCUAGGAAGUCUUCAAGAAUGCAUUUUUGCUAAUUAGCGCUCAAGCGAGCUACGCGUCGUUUGUGUUUUGAUAUAGCUCGGCGGUCGAGAUCCCUAUAGGAAGACCAGUCUCCGUGCACCCAAUAAUUUAAGUGUUGUAGAAUCUUAUCUGAUCAACAUGAGUCUACAGUGGACGGCCGUGGCCACAUUCCUUUAUGCGGAGGUCUUCUUUGUGUUGCUUCUGUGUGUGCCCUUCAUCUCCCCCAAGAGAUGGAGUAAGAUCUUCAAAUCUCGUCUGGUUCAAACUAUCGCAUAUUAUGGAAACACCUCCUUCAUUGUAGCCAUUGCCAUUCUAGUUUUCUUACUAAUUGAUGCGUUCAGGGAGGUGCGGAAGUACAGUGUGACUGAGAAGGUGGACCUGACCAACAACCCAGUAGCUGUAGAUCACAUUCACAUGAAGCUGUUCAGGGCCCAGAGGAAUGAGUACAUUGCUGGCUUCGCCCUGCUCCUGUGUGUGUUGCUGAGGCGACUGGCAACCCUGCUCUCUCAGCAGGCCACUUUGAUGGCUUCCAACGAGGCCUUCAAGAAGCAAGCCGAGGGUGCCAGUGAUGCUGCCAGGAAGUACAUGGAGGAGAAUGAGGAGCUGCAGGCGAAACUAAAGGAUGCCGGCAUCGCUGUCCCAGAAGUGGGCAAGAAGCCAUCUGGAGUUGGCGUGCAGGAGGAGAACAAGACGUUGAAGGCAGAGGUGCGCUCUCUGAAGGACGAGCUGGAAGCCACAAAGAAAGUCCUCCUGAAGUCUGACGGUGACGUGAAGGCAAUGAAGAAGCAGGCUGAGAACCUGACUGUGGAGUAUGACCGCCUACUCAACGAACAUUCCAAGCUGCAGGCAAGCAGUGAUGCUCAAUCGCAGGACAAGAAGUCCAACUGAUCGGGAGAGAGGAGUGUUGACGUGCUCGUACCAUCCACCGUCAAUAACAGCCACCCACCACUGCUUUACACAGGGAGUCACUAGGUGCUGAAUGUGCAGACCUGCUGGAGGAGGAUUUGGUUUAUCUGCCUUCAAAGCCUUGCUACUCUGUUGUGGCGCACAAUGGAUAGCAAAGUUUUUGUAUGGUUUGCCUCCAUUUGUGAAACCACCAUGUACUUUAUAUCUGUACUUAGCCAUUUUCAUUCCAUUUGAAAUUAAAUGAACAAAUUGCACAUCUGAACAGAUGAUCCUCUGCCUCUUUGUAUUUGAGAAGGCUAUGUCCCCUGUUGGAAGUCUGAUUUUACAUUGGUUGAACAACUAAAGUAGUAUCUAUUCUGAGGGGACCAGGUAACAGUUGUCCAUGUCACAUUUGUUCAGAUAUCUGGAAGAAAAUAUGUAGUUGCGAGUCACCUUUGAACUUACUGUAAGGUGUGGUUUAACAUCUUAUUCCAUGAAUGUCACUAUUCCUAUUUGUCAAUUCUUCAUUCUUGUUUUAAAUAUAAUCUGUGUGUUGCCUGUUACUCAGUAGGCCUAUGUCUCAGACCCUACUGUCAUUAAGGGCAUCCUAUUGCACUGUGCUUUGUAUUGUAUGGGUGGGAAUCUGCAUAUGCUCCUUUGAUGGAAAGCAGUUCAUUUUCACUCCAGUAAUUAGGCCCAUUUCAUACUUUUGGCUGAACAAAUCUGUGAUUUAGCAUAUCUUGUGUUCUCUGAAGCCCUUGUCCUCUUGCUUUGUUUGAAAAUUAAUAAGUUCCUAUUACCUCGUCUGACUGCACACUUCUGUAUCGGAGAAGUGUCCCAGGCACAUGUGACGAACUUGUACCAGUCAAAUCACUAAGCCUGCAUAACCUGAUAUGAGACGAGCUAUAUUGGAAUGUAGGGCUUCAUGGCGUCCUUCCAUUUGUAGUCAGUUUGCCUCUAAUCCCAUUGGUUGAGUUGGCAUUUAAAACACGGUUCAGUCUUUCAAAUGUGAUUAGACACGAUGUAGUCUUUAAAUUCUGAUAUUUGAAAGCAUGUUGGAAAUGUGUUUAUUAAACUUCUUUGCGAUCUCA